AUGGAGGGGCCGGCAUACGUAGACUUCACGCACACCACUAACUCCACGCUCCCUAUGAUCGGACUCAUACCGGUAUUUCAAGGGAUCGGCAUGUUUUUCGGCUCAUUUGGUCCAGCCCUAUACCUGUGCAUGUAUUUCAUCAAGAAAUACCAAUACACACCUCAAAGCACCGGUACCACCGAACCUGAUAAAGAAACCUCAACUACCGGUGCCGACAGCAUCUCAACAGACAAAGAAAUUACAGCUACCGGAGCCGCUGAUACUGAGCGCCGGGAACAAUACAUACCUAAAUACUGUAUCCUCACGUGUAUAUCCAUCGUAUUUUUGGCGGCGAUUAUGUCGGAAAACAUACUCAACUCGUUCGCCGCCUCAUUCUUUCAGUACCAGCCGGUGCUCAGAGUACCAGCCCCUCAGGCCUCGGUCAUCGUGUCGGCAAUGAACGGCGCCUUUAGCUUCGGUCGACUCAUCAGUGUUUUCAUAGCCUUUUACGUGAAGCCCGACCUCAUGGUAAUCGUCCAGCUGUUCAUCACAUUAGGUAAGGGUGGCUAUAUAUUCAUGCUAUUUGGCCAGGAUAACUACGCGACCCUCUGGUGCUCAGCCAUUAUCAUAGCAUUUGGAUUCUCAACGAUCUGGAUCUGUUUGUUUUCAUUUGUGGGCCGGUAUAUGCCACUGACCGACCGGAUCGGGGGCUGGUUUAUAGGUCCCUGCAAUAUAUCAUACGUGAUAUUGUGCUAUUUUGUGAGCGAGUUCAUUUUGAGGGACCCCUCGAUAUUUUUGUAUAUUAGUAUCGCGGGCGUAGGAAUUGCGAUGCCGGGACCGGCAUAUGUGGACUUUCAGUACACUACAAAUUCGUCCCUGGACAUGAUCAGUUUGGCACCCGCGUUUACCGGGGUCGGCAUAUUUGCCGGUUCAUUUGGUCCACUACUAGUCCAGGGCUACGUCAUUGGCAACGAUAUUUGCCCCGGGGUUAACAAGACUCAGUGUACACGUCCACAGCUGGAGAUACCGUACCUGAUUGGAGGUGUUGUGGAGAUUAUAGGACCGAUAUUCUACUUCUCCAUGUUCUUCAUCAAGAAAUAUCAUUACAUCAGCGACUUUGAAAGCACCGACACCUCCACCACCAAACCCGUCGACUGGGAGCGCCGGAAGCAAUACAUACCUAAACGCUUCAUAUUGUCGUGCGUUUCGGUCGUCUUUUUUGCCGCCAUUCUGGCGGAAAACCUGUUCAACACAUGGGCGCCGACAUACUUCCAGUACCAGCCCGUGCUCCAUGUGCCCGCCUCUACGGCAGCGGAUAUCAUGUCCGCAUCUAACGGCGCUUUCAGCUUCGGUAGGCUCGUCAGUGUAUUCAUAGCCUUUUACGUCAAGCCCGCAUACAUGAUAAUAGUCCAGCUGUUCAUAGCGUUGGCCGGGUAUGUCUACUUAUACUUCGGGCAAGACGUCAUGCUCAAUUUGUGGUUGAGUGCGGUGGUGGUGGGACUGGGAUUCUCGACGAUCUGGAUCUGUUUGUUCACAUUCGUGGGCCGGUAUAUGCCGCUGACCGACCGGAUCGGGGGCUGGUUUAUAGGGCCCUGCAAUAUAUCGUAUAUUGUUUUGUGUUACUAUAUUUCAGAGCUUAUUCAAACCGAUCCUAAUGUGUACUUGUACAUUAAUAUUGCCGGGGUGGUGGUGGGCAUUAUAGCGUUUAGCGUGGCGUGGUUUAGCGGUAUAACACAGUCCAUGGAGGGGCCGGCGUUUGUGGACUUUACGUACACAACAAACUCGACGCUGAGUCUGAUAGGCCUGGUACCGGCCCUGCAAGGGGUCGGCAUGUUUUUUGGCUCACUUGCAACAUUUCUAUUCAAGUACAUAGACCGACAAAACUACCUGGCCUUUUCUAUUCUGUUAAUGUCUGUGAGCACCAUAUGCUUUCCCAUUGCCACAAACCUAUUGCAAAUAUGGCUGUGCUCGUUCAUUUAUGGGUUAGGUAUUGGCAGUUGGAAUGGCUGUAAUUAUGUCGUGAUAAUCGAGAUGUGGACCUACCGGAGCCCUCAGAUGAUACUGUGGUCACAAGUGUUUUGGAGUGUAGGCGCUAUCAUCGGACCACUUAUCACUCAAAACUUUGUGAUUGGUGCUAUCGCGUACUUCGCCAUGUAUUUCAUCAGAAAGUAUGACUACACCAAAACUACGGACACCACUGACACUACCUGUGCCGACAUCGCUGAGCGCCGGAAGCGAGUCAUACCGAAGUACUUCAUAUUAGGCUGUAUUUCCAUUGUUCAGUUGACCGCUAUUAUGGCCGAGUACUCAUACCUGACCUUUUCGGCCACAUUCUACCAGUACCAGCCGGUGCUCUUAUCGUUUAGUUAG